AUGUUUACCCGGGUCGACGUUCCUUUCCUACACAGUCGACUUCGCUCUGGGUCAGCAGAAUUCAGGCGCAUGCCUCGUGGCCAGCCCGCAACAAAGCGACAGCAGGGUGCUGCGAACCAGCGGGACACCAGGCACGAGAAUGGGCUUGUAGGCCCCGGCAAGAGGGUGCAGAGACACAAGAGCAAUGGUCAUCUCAACGGCUACGCCAAGCAACAAGAGAACAGCCAUCCGUCAACUCCUCCUCUGCCUGCGACACCUCCUCACACGAAUGGACACGCACGACAAUCAAAUGCUGCUGAUUUCGCUGCAGACAACAAAGCACCCGUCGACUCUCUGAGGAGAGGUUCUUUCUCUGGCUAUUCGGAAUCCUCCUCGUCCGAAUACUCGCACAACAUGUCUACUCUCUCCGUCUCCCAGGAAAACCACCGCCGAAUCGAUGUCAACGCUGCCAAGAACCCUGCUGUACAUCGUGACUCUGGACCGCUCAGUUACGCGCUCACGGUUCUGAGGUCCUGUCCUCUCUACGACACUAUUGCUAUCCUCAUCGUCCUCCUCCAACUCCCCCCGACAUUCCUCUCACUGGUCCACCUACUCUUUGCUACCUUGACCUUCGUCCCUCCCUCGGCCUCUGCGACUUCUGGAUUAAGCUUUGUUGAUAUUUUUGAAGGCACAUUGGGUACUCCAUCUAUGGCUACUAUCGUCGUAGUCGAUUUGUUUGUAUUGCUCAUAUGGCUCUUUUUAUGGGGCUCCCUUCAGGAUAUUGCGUUGGACUUGGCACAGACAGUCAUUGCGUUGACUCUUGGGGGUGGGACCAGUGGUAAAGAGACCGGCUUGAACAAUGUUUUGGUCUGCUUUGGCAUCGUUGGAGUCUCCCAUCUGGCCCGAAGUGGAAACAUCAAGCAAUCUGGUAUACGCGCUUUACUUUCAUCCUCAGGCGGAAUUAUGGGCUCCCCGGAUCCCGACGAUCCCUUGGAGCGCGCUGCCCAAACUAGGAAUAAGAAGGGAGCGCAUGGUUGGAUUCGAAGCAUUCUUGCGAUACAUAUUUUAGCACAAGGCCUUGUACGAUAUGUCAGGGACUGGUAUGUUAGGAGGGAAAAACAAGUCAAUUCAGUAUCAAUAGGCGAUCCGGAGGCUGGCAAAGCAUUGGCAGAUGCGAACAAUGAUUCCUCGACGCCGAAUACGCAAAGUCUAGACAAUGAUUCCUCGACUUCUUUGCCCGUCAGCAGUACGCUUAUAAAUUCAAAGAAGAAGAGGAAACAAAGCGCGCAGGUCCGUAUACGGCAGCCUUUAUGGGCAGCUUUAGCCAGUACAAAGAUCGUUAUGGUAAAGGAGUAUGAAACAUCACACACAGCAGCCGAGUCUGCCGGCACAAACGCAACAGACAUCAAUAACCUUGGAAACGCACCUUUCAAUACCGAGGCGGAUCGAAUAUGGAUAACAUAUGUUGGAUCUGAUGAGGUUUCUUUCAGCACGAGUUACUUUCCCACCCACACACCCUUGGAGAAUUGUGAGGAGAAAAAGUUGGAUGCUUCUGGGGUUGACAAGUCGAAACCAUUUUUCGUCCGAGUCAACCAAACAGUUUGGCAUCUUACGCGAAUUAGAAUAACUACGGAUCCAGACGAACCAGAAGGACAGGGUACGAGAUGGAACGGAGAGAUUUCAGGACUUGCAGCUGCGUCCAGCUACGAAUGUGAUUUCGUUAGUACUGCCAAUGGUGCUAUCAUUUUUUCCACGAGCAUUAGAACUCUACAGGUUCCCACUGCAGAUACGGCUGGACUAUCACCGAAUCCUCAAGUCUCUGGCCGACCAGGAUCUCCAAUCACAACACUCAAAACCUCCAUUGCUUCUUCAGAGAUCAAGCUAGCCGAAGAACGCAACCGACAGAAGCGAGAACGCAAAGAUCAAAGAACAAAGCUCAGCUCAGUACGUAAAGAACUCGAUAGGCUUCUUGCCAACCUCGCGACUGGUGGCGGCAACGACGACCGUCUUAAGCAGAAGAUCCAGCAAAGUAACCUGCACAUGAAGCAAGCAGAGGAUGCUCUCAUCUCCCUUGAAGAAGAAAUCCAAUCACUGGAGACUAUCCCUACCGACGACACCGCCCAUUACACUUCCGCCAAGUCCGCCUUCCAAUCACAGCGCGAGGCACAUAAGAAGUACCGAGCUGAAAUCCAGGAGGCCAAGCAAUGCGCCGACCGCGACGUCCUCGCUCUCAAGAACGAACUCUCAAGCAUUCAACAGAAGCGUGAACGCUACCAAUCCCGCAUCACCAAGCUCAAUGCCGAGCAUGACCGCAUUCUCGAAGCCAACGCUAAAGGACUGGAUGAGGUCCAACGCAAAGACAAGGCGCGGUUUGAUAAUGAAACUAACAGAUCUAACAUGGAGAUGAUGUACAUGGAGCGCCUCGCCGAAUUAGAACACCAGAUCACCAUCGUUAGCGACGCACUCCACGGUCUCGUCUUAGGCAUUGAUAUCAUGACUCAGAACGAGAUGUACACGUCAGCCAGCCCAAAUGCCAGUGUUCAGAACCUCAACGCUGCGGCCAGCCCUUUCACCGCGGAUCCGAACGCCAUCCCGGAGAACACUGCUUACGGUUGGAACGCUGCCGGACCUAGUCACUCUGGUGCAUAUGCUGCCGGCGCAUUUAACAAUUCCACCGGCCCUGCACAGGGAAUCAGGACACGAGGCAGGAGUAGCAGCAUGUUGAGCAAUGUUUCUGGUUUCACGCAGAGUAGCGAGGAAGGAGGAGCACCUGGUCCUUUCGCGCCUCCACGGCAGAUGGGCACGGCUAACUGGGGUGAUGAUAAUGAGAAGAGUAGCUUUGGAAGUGGGAGUGCAAGUCGUAGUGGUAGUGGGAGUGGCAGUGCUGGGGAUCCAAAGAGUCCUAUUGGGAAUGGAAAAGCCGCGCUUGCGAGGUGGUGA